AUGCUCAACUUUCUUGCAUGCAUUCUAGCGCUGACGCUGGGAUCUGCGAACGCUAAACAACGACAUUAUACUCUCAACAUCUUGGACGCCAACGUGAAUCCGGAUGGGUAUACAAGGCCUGCAGUCACUGUUGAUGGGACCUUCGGCCGUCUGCUCACCGCGGAACGCCACGACGACUUUCAAGUCGAGGUCAACAAUCAGUUGAACGAUCCUAGGAUGCUCAAAGGAACUUCUAUUCACUGGCAUGGCAUCUUCCAACACCGUACCGCCGCAAUGGAUGGCCCCGCGUUUGUCACUCAGUGCCCAAUCGCUUCGGGGUACAGUUUCAAGUACAAGUUUCCCACUGGAGGGCAAACUGGGACGUACUGGUACCACUCACACUACGCGACUCAAUACUGCGAUGGCUUGCGAGGUCCCAUUGUUGUCUAUGAUCCUCAGGACCCUUAUCAGCGAAUGUACGACGUAGACGACGCGAGUACUGUUAUAACAUUCGCAGAUUGGUAUCAUACGUUUGCUCCAGUACUCUCGGGAGGACCACCUCCAAGACCUGACUCGCACCUGAUCAAUGGUCUCGGUCGCAUUCCGGGUAACACGACACAACCUCUAUCGGUCAUUUCAGUACAGAAGGGAAAAAGAUACCGCAUGCGACUCGUUAACAUCGCAUGCAGUCCCAACUAUCUUAUAACCUUCGAAGGACAUACGAUGACUGUAAUCGAAGCGGAUGGCAUCACGACUAAGCCUCAGGUUGUGAAUUCAUUGCAAAUUUUCGUGGGUCAGCGUUAUUCUGUCAUUGUCACCGCAGAUCAACCCAUCGGCAAUUACUGGAUUCGAGCUAGCCCUUCGAAUGGUCCGCAAGGCUUCGUCGGUGGAAUCAAUUCCGCCAUUCUUCGUUACCAAGGUGCCCCCGUGCUGGAGCCUAAUGGUACUGCACAAACUUUAGGAACAACACUUCUCGAACAAAAUUUGAUACCUUACUCUGACCCCACACCCCCUGGUGGUCAUAAUCCUCCUGACGUACCCCCCUUCGUUUUCAACAUAGUAUUCAGUAACGGUUCGUUCCUCAUAAAUGGUGCCUCCUACGAAUCCCCUUCUGUUCCAAUUCUUCUACAAAUCCUAAAUGGAGCGGAUCCCAAGGAUCUACUCCCCAAGGGAUCUGUAUAUGUCCUACCGAGGAAUAGCGUGAUCGAGAUUUCUGUUCCUGGUGGAUCGCCUGGGGCUCCGCACCCCUUCCAUCUGCACGGACAUAAGUUUAGCGUUGUCCGCAGCGCAGGGCAGACCUUGUAUAAUUAUGACAAUCCAGUCCAGCGAGAUGUCGUUUCGACAGGCAAAUCAACAUCGGAUUUCACCACGAUUAGAUUCAGAACGGAUAAUCCUGGUCCUUGGAUCUUCCAUUGUCAUAUUGACUGGCAUCUUGGAAAGGGUCUGGCCGUCGUCUUCGCAGAGGAUCCUGCGGGACAAGUGAAAGGACCUCAAUCUCAGAAACACAACAAGGCUUGGGAUCAAUUAUGUCCUAUUUGGGAUUCGAUUCCCGAUUCCGAUCAUUGA